AAUAUCAGGUACUAUCUGAUACUAUUCAUAUACUACACGGCCCACGGGUACUGCUACUCUUUACUAGCAUUUCCUCGGUGAUGCAUGUUUAAAAUCACGUUCAAAAUGCUGUCACAGUAUGUCAGUAUUAGGUUAAUUAGGUAUAUUGUGAUCUGAUGACUUGAACAGUAUUGUCGAUAUUGUCUGUGAAAGAUCUCCGUCAAUCGUUUUAUACUCUACAACUGGAUUCUAUUAAAAUAGCUUGUGUGAAUUUAAAAAAAUGACGGAAGUAAACUGGAUCGCGAAACCUAUGAAUUAUAAUGCAGUGCGACAUAUAUCUUUAGAGGAGGUGACAGAACAUCCCUUAAAACCUGUCACUGUUAUGUUAAUCGAUGGCCGAACCGGAACAAAACGUAAUGUUUUAAGAAGUACGAGUACCAGUUCAACUGCUACACCAACUCCGACUCAUACACCAAUACCUGGGAAUUCAUUGAUAGACCCGUUGUUGAACCACUCAUCCCUUGAUGGCUCAGACCCUCUUUCGCAAUUUGCCAAGGAAGAAUUAGAUCCUCUGUCUAAAAUGGCUGCAGAUGAGUGGGAUUACUCUUCGACUGUGGUGACCAGUGGUAAAAGAAGUACAGACACUGCUGAAGAAUUGUUAGAACCGUGGUCCGCGAAACGUACCGCGAUAUUAAACAAGUACACAACAUCGAAGAAAGUACAGAUGUUCUUUUUCGUGAAGAAGUCUUACCCAGGCGGUGAAAAAGUCAUUUCAAUUCAAUCAGUCAGUAGAGUGUCUGAUAAAGUACAAACGAGACUCCAGCAGUUAGAUGAUUUCGAGGAGGGGGCUGUCAAGACGGUGAUGGAUUUGUCCCAACAACAGUACACCGCAAAAAUCGAACAAUUAAACAACGAGCUCGUUGCAGCGUGGCAUUCCGAUCAAAGAGUCAAAGCGCUUAAAAUAGCAAUUCAGUGUGCCAAACUAUUAGGAGACACAGUCACUGAGGAUUUUUAUCCGAGCAAGUUUGUCCUCAUCACAGAUAUUUUAGAUAUUUUUGGAAAGCUCGUUUACGAGAGAUUAAAAGUCAAAGCUGAAUACUACAAGCCAGGAAGCAAAGUACCCACGAGUUUACCUGACAAUUUUACGCCCGACAUGGUGCCUGAAAACGCGAAGGAAACGUGCAGAAAUUGGUUUUAUAAGAUAGCAUCGAUAAGAGAACUGAUUCCUCGUCUGUAUGUAGAAAUGGCAAUAAUAAAAUCUUACAGCUUCUUAACGGCAAGCGAAUUCAAUGCAGCUUUGCUGCGCAUAUCGCGGAUGAUAAGAGGCAUUGGAAAUCCGUUGAUAGCUGUGUAUGCAAGAUGUUAUUUGUGUCGUGUGGGAUUAGCUUUGAAUAAAACGUCUGAUUUUCAAUUUGUAAGAGAAAACUUUUACGAUUUUCUCUUUAUAUAUAACGAAGAACGCACUCAAUGCUUAUUAAAUACAAAUCUUUACUCGCCAGCUUUGGAUUGGAUAUUGCAAGUAUUGGUAGCUACAAGCUCUGAGAGUUUUUUAGAUCAGAUAUUAGUCCGAUGCAAACAUAUACCGACCAAUUCGAUAUUACUGAACAGCAUUUUAACAGCAUUUAAACCUUCGUACAUCGCAGUACGUGCGAUGGAGUUCGUCAAUCUGAUAAGUUCUAUCGAAGAAGGAGAGGAUUCCCCGGCGCAUCUUUUGUAUCGAAGCUUAGGCGAACGUCUCAUGCAGGAAUCACCGCCUAAAGAAGACUGUCCGCCAAUUCUUAACAUGGUGUGGAAAUACAUAACGCACGUGAAAGAUCCGAACAAAUUUAUACACUGCGCGGAGGUCUGGGUUCAGUUCACUGCUCUUCACUUCUCUGUGAACGAACUGAACACGUUCUUUGGGAAGAUAAUCGAUCGACUCGGCCCGAACAAAAGUUUCGAACAUUUCUAUCCGCAGUUGCAAAACAUCGUCGAGAAAGUGAUAUCCCACACACAAGAUUUCGAAUCGCUACUCACCAUGGAUAACUUUUUACCUUUAAUAGACUUGUUUCACAAGGAAAAUAUUAAAGUCGAGGUUUGCAAGACUCUUAUAGAAAGUUUAAGCGCUCAAACCAGCGGCCCCAUCACCGAUCCGAUUACUAUAAAUGCUCUUAUGUUCAUUGCUAGAAUAAUGCACGACUCAGUUAGUGCCCUCACAGUUGAGGACGAGAAACGACAAAUCGGUCAGCUUAUAUGCAGUUUAGUACAGCGCGUUGAUUACGGUCGCGAUUUCGAGAAGCAGCUGAAUUUUUACGCCGAAGCUAGAGCGGCUUUUCCGAAUCUCGACAGCGUCCAUAUACAACUCGUCCAGUGCGUAAAUAGAUUAUCAGUUGACACUCGGAAGAUCGUUCGUGGACAUCACACGAGAAGAACUUCAGCGUUCGUGCGUGCUUGUGCAGCGUUUUGUUUCAUUACUAUUCCAUCGUUGACAUUGGUGCAUACCCGGCUUCAGUUGUAUCUCCUCUCGGGCCAAGUCGCACUUCUGAAUCAAUGCUUAGGUCAAGCUGACUCGUGUUUCAAGGCUGCGUUGAGUUUGGUCCCAGAGAUGCCGAAAACGAUAGACAUAGACGGGAGACAGAAGAGCUCACAGCCUUAUUUACUUUCGUAUUUGUCAAACUUUUUAUCAACAUUGUUAGUUGUACCGGACAGUCCAGAGCAUGGUGUUUUAUAUUUAAUGAGGGGUUUGCUCAACGCCGUUCAAAGAUGUUUCGAAGAGAAUACGUCGAUGAAAACUUAUUUAUAUUUGCGUGUACUCGAUUUGUUAUCCACGAUCGUUCAAGAGAAUUAUCCGUAUCAGGUUGACAAGGUUGAUUCGAACGAUAAAUUGUACGGAUCCGAUCAGAAAUUUAUAAGCGAAGUUAACAAAAUGAGUUCGAAGAUCGUCGAAGAGAUUCUGGCUCAUUUAAAAUAUCUCGGAUCCACCGAUCAGCUUGAGAAGCAAGUGGCCCUCGCGUUCGAGCUUUUCAAUUGUUUCGUUAUCAGAGCGGACUUACGCGAUCCGCAAUUGGCGCACAUGGCUGUGAAUUUGUGGAAUUUAACACAGCGACAUGGUUCCGUGGAUCAGAAAGUAAAGAUGAAAAUGAUAGCUUAUAUGGUGCAGAAGAGUCAUCAGAAGGAGUACGAACAUUUCGGAGAUAUUUUAAAAAAGAUGUUAAAAUAAAUGUAUAGUUAUUAAUUUAUUAAAGAUCAAAGCUACGUA